AACACUUCUUGCAUUUCGCGAGUUAACUUGAAUCACUUUAAACUACCAAAUCAACCCCAACAAAAUGUUCAAGCUGUUCAUCUUCGCCUGCUUCCUGGCCUUCGCCGCCGCCAAGCCCGGUAUUGUUGCUCCCGUAGCAUAUACCGCGGCGUACACCGCGCCAGUAGCCGCUGCGUACACCGCGCCAGUGGCCGCGGCGUACACCGCUCCGGUCGCAGCCGCGUAUACUGCACCAGUAGCGUAUUCCGCUUACUCAGCAUACCCAGCCUACUCAGCCUACAGUUACGCGUCACCUUACUCUGCCUACUACUUACGCCGUUAAUUUUAAACAACAAAAUUUAUUAUUAAACCGCAAAAACCAACGCCGUUAAUUAAAAUUAUUAUUUUGAGUUAUUAACCAAUCAGGACUAUACAUGUGAUGAUAGUCGUGUAAAUACUCUUUGCCAAAUUCUCUCCUUAAUAACAUUGUACUUUGUUCUUUUGUUUUUUCAUGGCUUAGUGCCUCUUAUGUACCCAUCUGUGAUGUCCUUAUCUAUUAUGUACAUUUUAGACAUAAGACAAACAAUAAACAUUUGAAAAGUAAA